UUCAAUCAAUUUAUUAUUUACAAAUUCUUUAGUGAUUAGAAAUUAAAAUUAUUAUUAACUUAUAAAAUAAUUUGUGUAAGGAUGACGAUUGACAAUAAACCCGGUGAGCAUAAGCUCAACUACGAGUGGCAAAUUGACGAUUUUUUAUCAGUGAUCCAGCGACCGAGCUUUACGGCCAACAAAGAUGGAUUCCUGCAGUCACCAACAUUUUCAGUCGAAGGAGCGUCUAAAAACCUGUGGUACUUAAAAUUGCAUAUGUUAAAAGAGAAUUCCAGCAACAAGGAAUGGCUGUCAUUGUCAUUGACUACUCUCAACAAAGAGACAAAAGCAACCAGAGCUAGCUGCGUAUUAUUUAUUCUGAAUAAUAAACAAAAAAAAAAAUUCGCCCAAAUUUUCUGCAACAGCUUCGUAAGUUCUCACAUUGACUGGUGCUGCGAAAAGUUUAUGGAUAAAAAUUUACUGAUUGACAAAAAGGAUGAGUUUUUGCCCAACAAUAUGCUUUCAAUAGGAAUUGAGCUGACAAUUUUCGACGGACCUAUCAACUCUGUUGAUAAACUGGCAAGUAUUUCAAAACGUACUAUUAUUGGUGAUCUAAAAAAACUUCUUAACCAUAAAGAAGGCAGCGACAUCACUCUAGUCGUUGGUGAUCAAGAGUUUAAUGUCCACAAGGCCAUUUUGGUGUCCCGCAGCCCGGUGUUCUGCAAAUGGCUGCUCAAUUCCCCGAAGGAACCCAUGGUUGAAGAAAACAAAUUAAUUCUAACAAAUUUCGAUGUCCAGACCUGCAGAAUGAUGCUGGAGUUUAUUUACACGGACAAAGUUGUAAAUUUAGAGAGUAACAUCGAGAAUUUACUUGCAGCGGCUGACUUCUAUCAGCUGAAAGGUCUGAAGGAAAUUUGUGAAGAGCUUCUCUGCGAGUCAAUUACUAUCGAGAACGUUGCAAGGAUAAUGGUUUUGGCGUAUCGCCACAGUGCAAAACAAUUGUUCGAUUACGCAAUCGAUUUUGGAGCUAUCAACAUUCAACAAGUCAUGAAAACAAGGUACUAUGUCGAUGUUACUCAGUUUUAUCCGCUUAUAUCAACUAUGCUUCUUGAGAAACUUGCAAACAUUAUUACUGCCCCGUCUACACCGCAGACUCCUGAAGUUAUGAAAUUUAUUUCUAAAGAACAAAGAUUGUAAUAUAAUCAUAGUUAUACUGAAGAUAAUAGAGGAUUUAAUGAGUUGAAUUUAUUAUUUUUAUUGAUGUUUAUCGUUGUUUUUGAAAAACAGUAUAAGUUUUUAUGAAUGUCGACUUGCUUAUAGACGAUGUUUAUUGACUUGAAGUUUAAUACUUUAGAUCGAAUUACGUAUUGUUCGAUAAAAUUUAUGACUAGAAUAG